GCGGUGGGGGGAGCUGGCUCCUGCAGUUCUGGCGCUGCUGCCUUCCAGAGUGAGCGGUGGAGGGAACCCUAGAGGACAGACCCCAGCUCGGCACCAGGCCCCCUCUCCGCCCGCCACCACGGAGGAGAAGGAGGACAGUCAGCCCCUCCGGCCCUGGCCUGGCCCAGCGAGGGCAGUAAGCUCCUACCUGCCCCCAGCUUGGUGCCCACACGGGCCCAGUGCAUGAGCAGCGGAGCCUGCUAACUGCAGCUGCGCAUCUGUCCAUCCCCCUGCGGCUACACCAUGUCUGGCUCCUACGAUGAGGCCUCACUGGCUCCAGAGGAGACCACCGACAGCUUCUGGGAGGUGGGGAACUACAAGCGGACGGUGAAGCGCAUCGAUGACGGCCACCGCCUGUGCAACGACCUGAUGAACUGCGUGCAGGAGCGCGCCAAGAUCGAGAAGGCGUACGCGCAGCAGCUCACCGACUGGGCCAAGCGUUGGCGCCAGCUCAUCGAGAAAGGCCCACAGUAUGGCAGCCUGGAGCGGGCCUGGGGUGCCAUAAUGACGGAGGCCGACAAGGUGAGUGAGCUGCACCAGGAGGUGAAGAACAACCUGCUGAACGAGGACCUGGAGAAGGUGAAGAACUGGCAGAAGGACGCCUAUCACAAGCAGAUUAUGGGCGGCUUCAAGGAGACCAAGGAGGCUGAAGAUGGCUUCCGCAAGGCCCAGAAGCCCUGGGCCAAGAAGAUGAAGGAGCUGGAGACAGCCAAGAAGGCCUACCAUUUGGCUUGCAAAGAGGAGAAGAUGGCCAUGACACGGGAGAUGAACAGCAAGACAGAGCAGUCGGUCACAGCUGAGCAGCAAAAGAAGCUGCAGGACAAAGUGGACAAGUGCAAGCAGGAUGUGCAGAAGACACAGGAGAAGUACGAGAAAGUGCUGGAAGAUGUGGGCAAGACCACACCCCAGUACAUGGAGAACAUGGAGCAGGUGUUUGAGCAGUGCCAGCAAUUCGAGGAAAAGCGGCUGGUCUUCCUCAAGGAGGUGCUGCUGGACAUCAAACGGCACCUCAACCUGGCUGAGAACAGCAGCUACAUCCAUGUGUACCGUGAGCUGGAGCAGGCCAUCCGGGGGGCUGAUGCCCAGGAAGACCUCAGAUGGUUCCGCAGCACCAGUGGCCCCGGCAUGCCCAUGAACUGGCCCCAGUUUGAGGAAUGGAACCCAGACCUCCCUCACACCACCACCAAGAAGGAGAAACAGCCCAAGAAGGCAGAGGGAGCGGCACUGUCCAAUGCCACUGGGGCAGUAGAGUCCACAUCCCAGGCUGGGGACCGCGGCAGUGUUAGCAGCUACGACAGAGGCCAGCCUUACGCCACUGAAUGGUCGGACGACGAGAGCGGGAACCCCUUUGGGGGCAAUGAGGCCAACGGGGGCGCCAACCCCUUUGAAGACGACUCCAAGGGAGUGCGCGUGCGGGCGCUCUACGACUACGACGGCCAGGAGCAGGACGAGCUCAGCUUUAAGGCCGGAGACGAACUCACCAAGCUGGGCGAAGAGGAUGAGCAGGGCUGGUGCCGUGGGCGGCUGGACAGCGGGCAGCUGGGCCUCUACCCCGCCAACUACGUGGAGGCUAUCUAGAGGCCGGCUCCCUCCACACUCCCCUCACUCCUCCGCACCACCUCCCCUCCCGUCCCACUCUUGUCUCCUUUCCCUUGCCAUAGAGUUCCAGACAUAUUUUCCGAUCAAGCUUUUAUUUUUUUAAAAGUCAAAACAGAACAAAACAAAGUAUACAGAGACAGAGCAUUUGCAGGGCCACCUGGAGGCUGGGGUGCAGGGACUUGGGGUGAUGGCCCCAGGGUAGGUUGGGGCCUUAGGACUUAGCCCAACGUUACAACAUCUGCUCUUCGGGUACCACCAAAGAGUCUCCUGAGCCCUGAGGGAUGUCUCCUGACUCUUCCACCCUGCCUCACUCCCUCCAUCCCGCUCCACCCCAGGCUGCCGGCACCUGCCCCGUUCCCUGGCCUGGUUUCCUAACCUCUUCCUCCCUUGCCCUGCUUCCCCUCCUCCACCACACUGUUCUCAAAAGCCUCCUUUCCAGACCCCAGGAAGGAAGGCUUCCCCAUCUUUAGUCUUCCACUCUGCCCCGGGGAGCACCCUUCGACUCCUAGCCCCGUCCCUUGGGAUCGGUGGGACUGGAGGAGUAAUGGUCACCCUCCUUCCCCAUGGAGGUUUCCAGGGGUUUCCCAGACAUGAAAGAGGGGUGAGCUGGAGAAAGUGAUGAUAUCACUGGGGUAUAGGAGGGUGCAUGAAGGGUGUGCAGACCCUCAGCCCGGGCUGUGCCAGCCCCUCCGGACCCGGGCCCAUCUGAGGGACCAAGACCCUGCUACAUAGGGCCUUCUUUCCAGCAGUCAGCACAUUGAGCAUUGGCUCUUCAGCAGAUCCGUAGAGGACCUGUUCCCUCUCAUAAGUCCCCUGGCCUAGGGUGGGGACCCCCAAACCCAUGGCAAAGCCAGCAACAGUAGCAGCCUCCUCCCAUUUGUCCCCCUGGCCCCCCACCCUCCCUCCAUGUCCAUCUAAAAACUGUAAAAUCCCUGGGUUCCACAUCAGCCUCCAUGAAGCCAAGCCUUGUACCUGCAAGGCUCUAAGUCCUAACCAUCCCUCUCUCCUCUUCUCUGGCCUGCCUGGGGAGCCCCUGAGGGCCCCAUGGGUGCCUCCAGCAUGAGUUUGGCAGGAAGGAGGAGCCCUGGCCCUCAGGCGGAAGAUAGUCACAUGUCUCUCCUCCUUGUCCCCAUGGCCCCCAGAGCAACAUUCCCUCUGCUGGCAGCCCUUCCAUCUCCCCAAGCCUGGUCAGAAUGAAAGCACCUCUGAGGGUGGGUGGGAGCAAAGGGCCCACCUGCUGGUUGGCGACAGCAGUGGUGCCGGAGUGCUAGGUACCAGCCUCUCCCGCACAAGAGGAGUUCCGGGGGCUUGGGAAGCAGAACUGGGUUGAACAAAACCCCACAACGUCGGAGAGCUGAAAGAAAAGGCUGUUAGGGGCCUCUGGGGCAAGGAGUUGAGAAGUCCUGCAGCACCAGGUGAGACUUGUUUACGACGGAUGCCACUUCUAGGCCUCUGGACUGCAGAUGCCCUCCUCCCUCCUGCACACCUGGCCUCCUGGGCCUCCAGGUAAAGCGAGCGAGCCAGCCCAGCCCUGUCACCCCUCAGUCCUCCUUUGCUCCUGCUGCUUCUCCCAACAGCCCACUGUUAGGAGGUAGUAGAUCCCAGCCUCAAGGCUCUGACCUUCUCCACGUGGGCGUGGAGCAUCCUGACAUUGGUAGGGGCUUGAGCUGGGACAGGCUUCCCUCAGGGCCAGGGACGAUGGCACCCAGGGACAGACAGACCUCCUUCCUGCUGCCAGCGCCCCCUUCCUUAUCACUCUGUCUGGUCUCUGGGCCUCAGCUGCAGCCUGAGAUGUGUCCUGGGCUCCUCAGAGCCUGAAGCAAGCUUUUGGAAGCCUGUAGUCCUCCCAGCUCCAGCGCAGAAGCCUCUCCAGCCUUUCCCCAGGCAGGAGUUGGGGUUGGGGGCCUCUGUCCCUCGUCGCUUUACCUUGGAAAGGUGGGAAGCUGACACAUCUGCAUCUUGGGGCCUGGGCUCCCCCUCUCUGUGCCCGCGGCUUCCCAGCCCCUGCGGAGGAGCUGCAGCCCCACUGGACUCCAGCCUGUCCCUCUUAGCAUGCUAAGCUGCCCACUCCAGGGCAGGGACUCGAAACCCCCUCCCUCCUGAGCAGCCACCUCGGGGGCCCUGUUUGGGACCACUCUCUCUCAGUCGUCCCCAGGCUCCUCGGGGCCCCAGAGUGGGAGGGUCUCCUUCCUGGAAGUCCUCGUGAGCUCCGGGGCCCAGCCCUACCUGCCAGUGCGGGUGUCAGGGCACUUUACACCGAACGUGGGGGCCACGCCCCUUGCCACGCCCACGGCCUCCUCCUGUAGCUCCUGCCCACACCCUCGAUGCUGCACGGGCCCACCCCAGCAGGGCUCGGCGACUGAUGUGUUUUGUCCCCAAUUAACCACCAUUCUGCGGCCUGGUUCUGAGGAGCCGGCGCUGCCCCACCGCCCGCCGUCUGCCGCCCUAGGCUUCCUGACUCCAUUAGUUCCGACACUUGUGAAACUCCGAGAAGUGCUGUGGUCUCAGCAAUGCCCCUGUUUUGUACAUGAUUGUGUAAUUUAAAGGUAUAUAAAUACAAAUAUAUAUAUCUAUCUGUUGUGAUUGUAUGACUGUGGAUAAAAUCCGGAAUUGUGUCAA